ACUUAGAGGAGCUUUGCUGCGCGCAAUAAGCUUCUUAUCGCGGCCGCGCACAGCACCUGCUGUCCCCGCGAAGACGCUCACAUUCUCCCGCCGUCUUCGUCUUCUGCAGCCAUGCUCCCCCCGGACGUCAGAGGAGGACACAAGCCCCGCCGCCGCGCCUCGGAGCCCGCCGCCGUCUCCUUGUCGCCGCCUCGCCGCCACAGGAGCCGCGACUUCCCGCUGGCCCUGAAGCGGCGGCGCUCGGGCCCCGCCCCGGAGCGCCGGGUCAACUGCGUGCUGGUCGGGGACGGCGCGGUGGGCAAGACCAGUCUGGUGGUCAGCUACACCACCAACGGUUACCCCACCGUGUACGUGCCCACCGCCUUCGACAACUUCACAGUGGUGGUGGCGGUGGACGGGACGCCGGUCAGGCUGCAACUUUGCGACACGGCUGGACAGAAAUGGGGAGUUGAUGACGGAGCGAUCAAUGACGAGCUGGAUCGUCUCCGUCCUCUCUGCUACAAAAACGCUGACGUCUUCCUGCUGUGCUACAGCGUGGUCCGACCCGAUUCCUUCCGCAACCUGACCCACAGGUGGGUGCCCGAGAUCCGCCAGCACUGUCCCGGCGCGCCGCUGGUCCUCGUGGGGACCCAACUGGACCUGCGGGAGGACGUCCAGGUACUCAUACAACUGGCUCAGAACCGGGAGCGACCGGUGGGCUUGGAGGAAGGCCGGCAGCUGGCCCAGGAGCUGGGCGCCGCGGGCUUCGCCGAGUGCUCGGCCCUGACCCAGAAGAACCUCAAGGAGGCGUUCGACUCAGCCAUUUUCGCCAGCGUCCGUCAGACACAAGAUGGCGGCGGCGGCGGCGGCGGUGGCAGCGGGGGCGACGUGCGGCCGCAGAAACUCACCUUGAAGAGGAAGACCCCAGACAAGAUCAAGAAGCUGUCAGAGACAUGGUGGAGGAAGAUCCAAUGUCUGGUCGGAGAACACAACUGUGAUCAGCUGACUGCUUGACCCGCUCAUGUGUCUUUUCCACACACGACUCUCUUCAGGCCUCUGAUUGGCUGACAUGGUCCUAGCACUAGUGAUCAAGGCACCACCCGUUACUUUGGCAGGCACCUGACGGCCUGUUUUCAUGUGGACGUGUUUGACUCCUGCCGAAAAUAAAAAGUACAAACCCUAAACGUGAAACUCCUUAAAUGUUGCAAAAGGGACUUUUGACUGAUGUUCUGGAGGUAAUUAGUGUUCAUGAACAAUAUAAAUCAUCUCCUUCGCUGGUUUGCUCCACUUUUGAGAGAAGAGGAGCUCAAACCCUCGCUCUUCAAAACUUCUUCCGGCACGGACACAACGCUUCUGACCCGCCCCUAGCCAGAUAUUGUGUAUGCACACAGCUUUGUAAAAAAACAGGCUUCACUACACAUUUUAAAAUAAAGGCUGGGGCGGCACAUUCUUCACAGUGCAUGGCGGCCUCGGGUGUUCUCAGUUCUGGUGCUCUUUGCGUUGACGCUUGACGACUCGAAACAAGUACUACAGCUGUGCCUCGUCUUUGUUGAGUACCAGGCUGAACUGCUGCAUGAGAGCGAUUCCUCGCCUCGCGUGAUCGUUGUCUGCGCUCUACCAGGUAGUUGGGUCUGACUCCAAG